CUAUCAGAAAUCAAGUAGCGGAAAUAGCUGUAUGUUGUGUAUGGCAAAAGAUGUGAAUUUUGGCGUUUGAAGUAACCGGAUAGCGGGUUGUCCCCGCACCCAUGUUCCUAAGCCCUGUCGCGAGACAACACGUCAACCUAUAUAGACUGUCCACGUGAUUUCGGGGUCUUCUAGAGCGCAAGGCGGCCUAAUAUUUCACUCUGAUCUCGACCCACCAUGUCGGUAAAAGCUCUGAUAAGUAGCUGUUUAUUUCUUCUUGCUUCUCUGUCAUACCUGGUUGAUGCAGACAAUGGUUUCUCCAGGGAUCCUAAAAAAUUGGAGUUACUGGUCCUAACUGUAGCAACCGAGGAGACAGAUGGUUAUACCCGUUUCAUGAGAUCCUGUAGUCACUAUGAUGUACCAGUUAGAGUGAUUGGGAUGAAUACAUCCUGGAAGGGUGGCAAUGUGCGCACAGACCCUGGUGGUGCUCACAAGAUUAACCUUCUCAAGGAUGCAGUGGCUGAAUAUAAAGACAAGAAAAACCUGGUCCUUAUGUUCUCAGACAGUUAUGAUGCAAUAUUCCUAGCAAGGGCUGAGGCUUUUAUAAAAAAAUUCCUGGAAUUCAAAGCUCAUGUGGUGUUCUCAGCAGAGGGAUUCUGUUGGCCAGACAGAUGGCUGGUGGAUAAGUACCCUGAGGUUGGCCAUGGCAAAAGAUACCUCUGCUCAGGAGGAUUUAUUGGAUAUGCCCCUGUUUUCCACCAAAUCAUCAACGAAAAGCCAGUCAAGGACGAAGAUGAUGAUCAGUUGUUCUAUACUAACAUCUACUUGGACAAGGAGAAAAGGGACAAAUUCAAUAUGAAACUUGACCACAAGGCAGAGAUUUUUAUGAAUUUAAACGGUGCUGAAGAGGAGGUUCAGCUCAAGUUUGAAGGAGAAAAGGUCUGGCUUUAUAACAAGGUGUAUUCCACAACCCCCCUGUGGGUACAUGGUAAUGGUCCAAGCAAGGUCCAUCUCAAUUAUAUUGGUAACUAUCUCCCGGCAAUGUGGAAUAAGGAAAAAGGAUGCCUGGUCUGUAAUGAAGACACUAUCAAGCUGCCAGAAAAAGAAUCAGACUAUCCCAAGGUGAUGAUGGCCAUAUUUAUAUCACGACCAACCCCAUUUGUCCCAGAGUUUUUCAAAAGAAUAGAGGCACUUGAUUACCCUAAGAAGAAAAUUGCACUCUACAUCCACAAUUUGAUGGAUGGUCACACUAAAGAAGUAAAUGAAUGGCUGACAGAGGAGAUCAGAGGCCUGUACCACUCCGUCACUUACCAGGGUCCAGGAACUUUUGAGGCAGCAGCCAGGAAUAAGGCAGUGGAUGUAGCCAUCCAGAGUGGGAGUGAUUACUUAUUUGUAGUAGAUGCCAAUGUUGUUUACACCAAUAAAAAGUCCCUGAAGUUGCUAAUUGAGCAGAACAGACCUCUCCUUGUACCUAAGAUGUCAAAACACGCUAAGCUCUGGUCGAACUUCUGGGGAACUAUUGGUGAUGAUGGUUACUAUGCCAGAGCUGAAGACUACAUUGAUAUUGUAGAGUACCGCCGUGUGGGUAUUUGGAACUCAGCGUACGUCACAGGUAGUUACUUGAUCCAGAAAGACGUCCUUCCCAAACUCAAGCACGCAUACAGCUAUGGCAACCUAGAGCCCGAUCUGUCAUUCUCAAAAUACCUCAGAGACAAUGGAAUCUUCAUGUAUGUGACAAACAUGCACUACUUUGGCCGUCUGAAGGAGACAGAUACAGUCACGACAAAUCACCUCCACAACGACCUCUGGCAGAUCUUUGACAAUCAGAUCGAUUGGGAAGAGAGAUACCUUCAUCCGAAUUAUUCACAGAACCUGAACAAAAGUAUCCCCUUGAAAAUGCCCUGCAACGAUGUGUUCUGGUUCCCGUUGAUGAGUGAGACGUGGGCGACGCACAUGAUAGAGGAGAUGGAGCACUAUGGCAAGUGGUCAGGAGGCAAGCACGAGCAUGCGGAUGCCCGCCUUAACGGGGGGUACGAGAACGUUCCCACUGUCGACAUCCACAUGAACCAGGUUGGUUGGGAGCGUGAGUGGCUUCACUUACUCAAGACUUACAUCGUUCCUGUGAAUACCAGGAUUUUCCCAGGAUAUUACUCAGAGGGCCGUGCUAUCAUGAACUUUGUUGUCAAGUACACGCCAAGUGGUCAGUACUACCUGCGCCCUCAUCACGACUCUUCCACUUACACCAUAAACAUCGGACUCAAUAAGCCAGGAAUUCACUACGGGGGUGGCGGCUCCCGGUUUAUUCGCCAAGACUGUGCCGUGACUGAUACCCAAGUUGGCUGGGCCCUAAUGCACCCUGGGAGAUUAACGCAUUAUCACGAGGGCCUUCCGACCACAUGGGGCACCAGAUACAUCAUGGUCUGCUUCGUGGACCCCUAGGCCACGCCCACACCUCACUUGACUGACAGUCGCACUGCUGUUCAUGCUGUUGCAAAUUGUGGCUUGUCAAACAAAAAGCACUUGCGACAAAGAGAAUUUGGCUAUGUGAACCAAAUAUAGCUUUGUUGGCUGAAUGCUACACUACGGAAUUCCUAUUUUACCUAAAGCAAAGCAUAUAUAUUUUAUAAUAAAAGAAAAUUUAAGAUAAAUUUAUUUUAAAAGAUGUGGAAGAUCUGUCUCGGCGCGAUAGAAGAGUUCAUGAGAAUCCCUCAGGGAUCGAACAAAAUGUGUUAAAUAAAGUAUUUUUAUUGCUA